UUCCUUCAGCUCAGUCUGCACCAUUCAGAAAGAUCAACACAGCGGUGAUCCUGGUAGCCGCUAGAUGGCGCUGCAGCCUGUGUUUCACCGAAAAAAGAUCUGCGUGUGUUUCCGGUUCCGGUUUGGUUACAGUUGUUUGUUGUGUUUGUGGGCUCAGACAGCAGAAGUAUCCGCGCCUUCUCUGGACCUCCGGGUGUCUCUGCCGGAUCUUUCACACCUCCUCACCACGCAGAUGUACCGAGCUCCGGUCGGACCUCAGCGGAGCCCCGGAGCGACGCGGCCGGGUGGAAGGUUUCCCUCCCCGUCUUCCAGCUGGGGUUUUCGCUCCCCUUACGGAGGCUCCGGGCACCGCGGAGGAUCGCCCCGAGGCGGGCCCGCUUUCCCCCCGGGUUCUCCAGUGUACUCCCCGUGUUCUAACCGGGGACACAGGCUCGGUUCUCCGGCUGGGCUCGGUAACGAGUUCCGGAGGUUCCGAGGGCAGAUGUGGCAUAGGAGCGGUGGUUUCCGGCGGCCUCCGGAUGCCAGUCCCGCCUCGGCUCAGAAGCUCCAGGGUGGAUCUUCAGACUCGUCCGUGGAGAAGUAUUUCAGUCCGUCAAUGCUGCAGGAUCCCUGGGCAGCUCUGCAGCCCAUCGCAGCAGCAGACAGGCAGACGGCUGCAUACUGACAGGAAACAACACCAACAAACAGACUCAUCAGCAGCAAACAACCUUCUGAGCGCGCUCAGUCACCAGCAGAUUAUUUCAGGGAUCCGACUCUUUGAUUUGAUACAGUGAUGGCGGAGAUUUUAACAAGUGUUUUCUAACUGUUUUUAAACUAAAUCAGAUUCUUCUUCUUGUGUUUUAUUUGAAAACUGUUUUUUUUUUUAAAAAAAAAAAAAAAGCUCAGUUUGUUUUAUUUUAGAAAAUUAAAAAAUGACAACUUGAGUUUUAAACUCAAACCCAUUGUUCGGUCUUUAAUGUCAUGUGUCUUAAUUUGAAAGGAAGAGGAAGCGCUCAUCAUUGUCACCUGGUGCUCAGGUAACACAGUGAUCAUUUAAGUAACUGUCAAGGCAACAGUGACAACAUACUGCAGAUGCAAAUGACUGAUUGUGAGUUCAGUUAGAAUUAAUGAGAUUUAAAUUCUUAUUUGCUGUUCAGUUAUCUAAAAAAAUAAUGAAAGCACUCAAAGUUUUAGACAGUUUAAAACAGUUCCCUGUGAUUUCUGCCCCUGCAGAACAUUUUUGUCUUUUUAUUUAAAUUAAAAAUUCAGGGAUUGGCCCCAACUGAGUGGGUGAAGCAAAGCAUUUUAAAUGAUUAUCUGCAUCAUGGAAGGAACUUUUCAUCCCUCAGUGUUCACCUUAAAAACUGCUGAACUCUAAAUUCACAUUGCUUGAGUUUAUGUAUUAAAAAGUCUUUAAACUUA